AUGCCCGAGGUCCCCGCUGCCGGCGGCUGGCCGCUCCUGCUCCUGCUGGCCAUCCAGGUGGGCGCGGCCGCCAGCGCUCCCCAACCGUGGCGCUGCGCCCCCUGCUCCGCUGAGAAGCUCGCGCUCUGCCCGCCGGUGCCCGCCUCGUGCCCGGAGCUUACCCGGCCGGCUGGCUGCGGCUGCUGCCCGACAUGUGCCCUGCAGCUCGGCGCUGCCUGUGGCGUGGCCACUGCGCGCUGCGCCCAGGGACUCAGCUGCCGUGCGCUGCCCGGGGAGACGCGGCCCCUACAUGCCCUCACCCGCGGCCAGGGCGCCUGCAUGCUGGAGUCUGAUGCCGCUGAAGUCGUGCCCAGCGACGAGGCUGAAGGUACUACAAACACCCCCACACCUCCAGAGAAUGUGUCCCCCCAGAGUGCGGAGAUGACUGAGGAGCAGUUCCUGGAGAGGUUCCACCUGAUGGCCCCUUCCAGUGAGGACCGGCCCAUCCUGUGGAACGCCAUCAGCACCUAUGAGAGCAUGCGGGCUCGUGAGGUCGCCGACGUCAAAAAAUGGAAGGGGCCCUGCCAAAGAGAACUCUACACAGUGCUGGAGAGACUGGCCAAGGCACAACAGAAGGCAGGCGAAGAAAUUUACAAAUUUUAUCUGCCAAACUGCAACAAGAAUGGAUUUUAUCACAGCAGACAGUGCGAGACAUCCCUGGACGGAGAGGCAGGGCUCUGCUGGUGUGUCUAUCCUUGGAGUGGGAAGAGGAUCCCAGGGUCUCCGGAGAUCAGAGGGGACCCCAGCUGCCACCAGUAUUUUAAUUUACAAAACUGA